AAGACAUUAGACAAGCUCGCCUUCUCCAACAUAACUCGUCUGUGUCACAUACAGGUCUAUCCCGUCUGAAGAACUGAACUGCAGGCUCAUCAUCUGUCCUGGAGGGUGAGACGCUAGCCAUGGGCAUGUGGUCACUUGGCCUUGGGGCAGUAGGUGCCGCUAUUGCUGGCUUAAUACUUGCAAACACUGACUUCCUGCUGACUAAAUCUGCACCUGCUACUGUAGACUAUCUUGCGAACGCUGACCUCAAAACCAUUGACGGUGAUGAGAGGUCUUUAAAAGCAAAAGCUCUUUGGGAGAAGUCAGGUGCAGUGAUUAUGGCUGUCCGGCGACCUGGAUGAUUUUUGUGCAGAGAGGAGGCCUCUGAGCUGUCCUCUCUGAAGCCCCAGCUGGAUGAGCUCGGUGUCCCUCUGUAUGCUGUUGUGAAGGAGAAUGUGGGUACAGAGAUUCAGGACUUCAGGCCUCACUUCGCUGGGGAGAUCUUCUUGGAUGAAAAGCAAGCAUUUUAUGGACCACAGCAGAGGAAGAUGGGGGGGCUUGGUUUCAUUCGUUUGGGAGUUUGGCAAAACUUUGUAAGGGCCUGGAGAGCGGGUUACCAGGGCAACAUGAACGGAGAAGGCUUCAUUCUGGGAGGAGUUUUUGUCAUGGGAUCUGGCGGACAGGGGGUUCUUCUAGAGCACAGAGAGAAGGAGUUUGGAGAUAAAGUCAGCUUGGAGUCUGUUUUGGAAGCUGCAAAGAAAGUUGUGGUAGAAAAGUAAAUGCUGUCUAGGUUUGAUAGUUGUAGCCAAGGUUGUUCAAAAUAGUUUUAAAUAGGAAAGAUCUCACUAAAUCACAGUCCACCUCAUCACACUUCAUUUCUCCUGCUAAUGCUGUGAAUUGAGAGAAAAGCUCAGGGUUAUUUAAUUGUUUGGAACUGACAGAGCUAGUUGACAAAGCCAUAGAGUUGCAUAUGGCCUCAUUUUUAAUUCAGGUGCUUUUAGUUCGACAAAUUAAGACAAAUAUUGUGAAAUUAAGUAGCAUUGUUUUUGCACUUUAGAAACGAUGUGUAAGAAAUCAUUUUAAUGUUGCUUAUCACCUGAGUGUGUUCCUUUGGCUGCCUGCUGCCACAUCAGUGGUGUGUGUAUUAAUGAUAGUCUGACUCCAAACUCAGUGUAGAAAGAGCAGAUUUGAUGUCAACACAUGCUUAUAUACCUGCUGGCUUUGGUCAGUGAGCAGGCAAAGGUUCAGCUGUGGGUGGACACAAUAUUCAAUAAACAUGUCAUCCCUAAAA